GUGUGCACGAAUGCAUGCCAUGUCACAGGAUCUCAUCGUGCGAACCUGGGUGUUUGGGCCUGUGGGAGCAACCUCCAAUAAUGGCCUGCCUUGAACUUUACCACGCGUGGCAUCCGUUUGCAUGCUGGUGAGCACUACAUACUGAGCCCGCGAAAUUCUCUGCUCCCCGCCACUUUUGCUCAAUGCUGCCACUGCAAGGUUUUUUGGCACUACUCAGUCCUCCGUAUUCCGUACACAGUCCUGCGUCAAGAGAAGGACGAAGCACUCAGCCACAGAUUCGACCUGUCGGCCCACUCUCCGAAACUGCAGAAAACGUCCCGGAGUUCCCCUCGUAUUAUUACGUUUCUCCCACUCGUGAAAGCGCGCUUGACAGCAUCUUUCUUUUCGUCUCCUGCGCGUUCCCACCAAAAGUCGCACGGCUGGCUGACGACAGGACGGAGUGUGCCCCGAUUCCUGAGCGUUGCAACGUUUUGCAAAGAAGUUUUCGUAAACGAGAGCAAAGGCCAUGUGAGGCAGUGGCGAAGCGACGACGGCUAGGAGGAAAAGGGAAUCGCACACGAAUUAAAGUUUGCAGCGGUAAUAGGAGGACCACAUCCCCCGUCUAUCAAUACAGGCGAGCCUCGAGUCUCCACCUGCAAGGCGCCAACACCAGCACCCAGGGUUGACGAAGCAUGGAAGCGCCAAUAAUCGAAGAAGCUUGUUGGAAUAUGGUGGCGCAAUACUGUGAAAGGCUGGUGCGGUAACCGAAGGAGCCAAACCCGCUCGUUGGUGAUGGGUGAACGGUGCGACUUGUACAUAUCUGCAAUAGCCAUGCUUUGGACUC